AUGACUUCGACAAAUCGAAAAGUAAUUGUUGUGACUGGCGCAAGUAGAGGCAUCGGUUUGGCAUAUGUUCGCCAUAUUGUAUUUCUAUCAAAGUUAGAUUUUCAAUUCGAUAUUGUUAUGACUGCAAGUAAAGAACAACCACUGAUGGCAGAAUUUGAUAAACUAUUAAAUGAAAUUAAUGAGAACGGUUUGAAUCAUCGUUUAUUACCAAUUGUUGCUGAUUUGAGUGAAAAUGUAAUUGAAUCAUGUCGAAAAAUUAAAGAAAAAAUAAUUGAAACAUUUGAGUCUAAAAUUGAUACAGUUUUAUUUAAUGCCGCUGUGUUAACACCACUCAAAAAAGUGUCCAAUAUGUCCGAUGAUGAUUAUAAAGAGUUAGAAAAAUUAUUUUCAGUUAAUUUAUUGUCAGUGAUUAAAUUAGCAAAUGAAUUGAUUCCAAUGAUGAAUAUAAUUGAUGGUAAAUUUUUUUUCAUGAGUAGUGGAGCAGCAUUAAAAGGCAUGUCUGCUUGUACAGGUUAUUGCGUUAGUAAAGCAGGAUUAAAUAUGUUUUGUCAGACAUUAGCAUUAGAAAAUCCACACUUGUUUUCACUAGCAAUUAGUCCUGGACCAGUGGAGACACGAAUGCAACAGUUCAUUCGAAAUUAUGGUCAUACAGAAAUGUCAGCUAAUGACUAUAAUUACUGUAUCAUGUUACAUCAAGAUGGAAAAUUAAAUAAUACUGAAUUACUUGCAGCUAAAUUUAUCAAUGCAUGCUGUUUACUAGCACCUAGAGAAUGGAAUGGUGAAUAUUUGCAUAUUAAAGAUGAAAAAGCAAUCAAUUUAAUUAAUCAAUAUGAGAAAAAAUUUUGUUGA